AUGCAUGUUCCCACGCUGCGGCCGGCCUUCGGCUCGUUCGUUCACAUCUGCUGCCACCGACAGCUCACCGCCGGCUGCCGCGGCGGCGACGUUAAGGACCGCGCCAUCGACUUCUUCAGCCUGCUGAAGAACCACCUGGUGCCGCAGGCGCCGGCGGCGCCCGACGCCAGCCUGAGCCAGGCGCACCGCACCGAGGUUCGAGGGUCCUGCCUGCACGAGUACUACGCCGUGCAUGCCGGCCAACCGCUGACCGUCACCUCCACUAACUACCCUAGCCCGUACCCGCCGAGCGAGUGCCGCAAGCUGGUGCUGAUGCCGGCCGAGCCCGGCACGGCCGUCGUCAUGGUGUGCACCGACGUCGACACGUUCGGGACGGGCGUGCUGGGCGCCGUCAGCGGGGACAUGAUCGAGUUCCCUGGGCCGGCGGUCAACAGGCGGGCACACACCGUCUACGGCAUGGACGCGCUCAAGAUGGGCUUCUUCUCGGACGAGUUCGUGCAGCGCAGAGGGUUCUCGUGCCAGGUGUGGGGCGAGGCGGUGCAGGGCGGGGGAGGACCCGCGAGCGUCGGCGCAGGGUCCGAGCUGAGAGUUGUGGAGGAGACGGCGCCUGGGUCCCACCGACCUCGCAGCGCCCGCGGCCACCGCGCCUCCCGCCGGCUGCCGGAGGGCCGCGUCAGGUUCCCAGGCCAGCGGCGCAGGAGGUCGCUGGCAGACCUGCUGAAGGCCAGGAUCCUGACGGGCGCCAGGGACGUGGCGACGCCGACGGCGGCGACGGCGACGACGACGGUGGCGUCGCUGGUGACGCCGGCGCUGACGAAGAACGGGCAGGACGUGGCACCAGAGACAGAGGCGGCACUGGACGGAAUCAAUGACCCGGUGGCCGAGGAUCAAGUGGCAGCCGUCUCUCAAAGCGAGCCGGACCUCGGCCUGUUCAGGCCGCCUGAGCACAUCGAGUACAUCAUCACGCCACUGCGCACGCCCGUGCAGUACGACCCGGAGCGCGGGGGCAACCCGCCGAUGUUCGAGCGGCGGCCGGUGGACCGCAACACGACCGAGUCGCCGGUGGUGGAGGUGCCGUACGUGGUGACGCCGCGGGCGGUGACGCUGCGCGCCACUACCGCGGGGGGUGAGACCAUGACGCACCUGCUGCCGCUGCAGCCCGACCAGUUCCCCACGACGCCCCGCGUUCCCUCCGGCCCCCAGGCGCUCCUCGAGCGGGUGGAUGUCGGCGAAGAUGCAGAGGACGUCCUUACGCGGCUGGAAGGCGAGGAGUCGGACGAUGAGGAUGUCCCGGUUGUCCUUGAUGUUGCUAACGUGGGUGCCGUCUCGGGUGGUGAAGGUGAAGUGCGUGACAAUGCAGAGGGCGGUCAUCAUGCCGGCGGCGGUCUCGUCGAUGGGACCGUGGUCCAGGAGAACGCAACAGAAGGCGAGCCUGCAGAAGACGACUCCCAGACGGUGGAGAGAGUGGAUGUCGGCGAGGAGCAGCCAGUUGCAGAGGAGGUGGUUGUCACCGAGGGCUUCCAAAAAGAGGAGGAGUGCGGCCUGGCCGGGCCGGCCGUGCAGGCGCGCGUGUUCGGUGGCGAGGACGCCCUGCCCGGCAGCUACCCCUGGGUGGUGUACUUAAUCUCAGACUCGCCGCGCGGCCCCGAGAAGACCACCUACUGCACCGGCAGCCUGAUCUCGCGCCGCUGGGUGCUCACCGCCGCCCACUGCGUCGAUUACGCCCGCUCCACCACCGUCCACAUGGGCUACCUGGACGUCUCCAAGGAGACCAACCUCACGCUGAAGAUGGAAGCGAACCAGUACCGCGUGCAUCGGUACUGGACGCGGCUGGCGAAGGACCACGACGUGGCGCUGAUUGAGCUGCCCGAGCCGGUGCCGGUGUCAGAGCACGUGCGGCCCAUCUGCCUGCCGCGCCGCUCUGAGGUCGGACUGACGUUCGCGGAGGCACGCGGCGAGAUAUGCGGCUGGGGCAAGACCUACACCGACCAGGUGGGAGGCAGCUUUGUGCUGCAGCGGGCCGAAAUGCCCAUCAAGAGCAACUGCGACUGCAUGACGUCGUUCCCCAUUAACAUCACGCCGCUGAAGGUCUGCACGCACGGUCGCUUCCACUCGCCCUGUCAGGGCGACUCUGGCGGACCGCUGCAGGUGCGCAGGGACGGCCGCUACACCCUGGUGGGCGUCAGCAGCAUCACCAGCGCUCUGGGCUGUGACGUCGGCAUGCCGGCCGUCUACUCGCGCGUCACCGCCUACCUCGACUGGAUCGAGAACAACAGCGGCUUGGUGGUGCCGCUCUGAGAACAACAGCGGCUUGGUGGUACCGCUCUGAGAAAAACAGCGGCCCGGUGGUGCCACUCCGAGAACAACAGCGGUCUGGUGGUGCCGCUCUGAGAACAACAGCGGCCCGGUGGUGCCACUCCGAGAACAACAGCGGCCUGGUGGUGCCACUCCGAGAACAACAGCGGUCUGGUGGUGCCACUCCGAGAACAACAGCGGUCUGGUAGUGCCACUCUGAGCACCCUCUACCCGCGAGCGUGCUGCAAGCGGUGCUCAGCGCCACUGGCGACUGUCAAAGGUCGGUGGUCAGGGGUUUUGCGUGUUGUAGACACAGUUUGUAGCCCGCGGCCUGCGAGCUACGGGAUUUCUACAAACGAGACACGGUGAUUGCACAGUCGCUGUGUAAUCACGGCGGCUUGCGUUUGUGCAUUGCUCAAGUGCAUAGGCUGGGUCUGUAUUAGAGUAUUUCUACUCGAGACUGGUGAGAUUACUUACGCUGCUUCGAUGCUCGUGAUGUAUACGUUUUAUACAAAGUCGUAAAUUAUGAACGUAUGUGGUGCGUGAUAUGAAUUCGUUAGUUGAAUAGCUCGUGUUGUUUAAGGACCAUUCUUCCGCGCGACGAAUGUUUUCUCAGUUCUUGAAUAUUUGUUUUCUGCAGCUGCAGAAGAGACUUGGAGACUUGAGUGAGGAACAGCAUUUGAUUGAAAUUGAUUUCGGAUCUUGCCAUGUAGGACCAUACAAUGACAUUCAGCAUGUGUGCGGAAGUUUCAAUUGUUGUACCGUUUCCAAUGAUAUGUGGCUGGGCCUGUUACCGUAAUGACGCUGUGUAUCACUGUUGAUCUACGUUAUUUUAUUACAUG